UACAUUUUGGACGGAUGCAUCAUGAGCAAAAAUGGGGUUUAAAAGGAGGCCUCUGGGUGGUAGUCAGUCACAUCCACCAGCCAUGAGGGUGCUUGUGCUAGCUCUGACUGUGGCCCUUGUGGCGGGCAACCAGGUCAACCUAGCCCCUGAGUUUGCUACUGGAAAGACCUAUGUGUUCAAAUAUGAAGCAGAACUCAUGGGCGGCCUGCCUGAAGAGGGUCUGGCUCGAGCCGGAGUCAAGGUUCGAAGCAAAGUCUUAGUCAGUGCGGUGGCUGCCAACACCUUCGUUGCCAAGCUUUUAGACCCUGAGCUCUUUGAGUACAGCGGCAUCUGGCCCAAAGACUCUUUCACCCCAGCCUCUAAGCUCACCUCAGCCCUGUCCGCUCAGCUCUUGACACCCAUCAAGUUUGAGUAUAAUAACGGAGAUGUGGGUAAAGUGUUUGCACCCGCUGGUGUCUCUGAGACUGUGCUCAAUAUCUACAAGGCAGUCUUCAACAUCUUUCAACUGACCAUCAAGAAAACCCAAAAUGUCUACGAGCUGCAGGAGCACGGAGCCCAGGGUGUGUGCAAAACCCACUACGUCAUCAGCCAGGACGUCAAAGCCGACCGUAUCUAUCUGGCCAAGACCAAGGACAUGGGUCACUGCCAGGACCGAGUAUUCAAAGACAUCGGACUGGCUUACACUGAGGAGUGUCCUGAGUGCCACGCUACAGAAAAGGUCAUGCAGGGAGCCGCUGCCUUCAAAUACGUCAUGAAGCCAGAGGGCACAGGUGCUAUGAUCUUGGAAGCAUCUGCUACAGAGAUUAUUCAGUUCUCACCUUUCAACACCGUGAAAGGCGCUGCCCAGAUGGAGGCCAAGCAGUUCUUGACAUUCGUGGAGAUCCAGAAUGCCCCUCUGCAGCCUGCUGCUACUGAAUAUGUCCACCGUGGGUCCCUCGAGUACAAGUUUAGCACUGAGCUCCUCCAGACACCUGUCCAGCUUUUGAAGAUUAGAAAUGUUGAGGCUCAGGCCAUUGAGAUCCUGAACCAUUUGGUAGCCAACAAUGUGGCCAAGGCCCAUGAAGAUGCCCCUCUGAAGUUCAUCGAGCUCAUCCAGCUGCUGCGUGCAGCCAAAACCGAAAACAUUGAAGCUCUCUGGUCUCAGUUCAGAGCUAGACCCGACCACAGACACUGGAUCCUGAACGCCGUCCCAGCCAUUGGUACCAGUGCUGCUUUGAAAUUCAUCAAGGCCAAGUUCAUAGCUGGUGAGAUGACCGCUGCUGAAGCUGCUCAGGCUCUGGUGGCAGGUGUGCACAUGGUGACUGCCGACAUGGAAGCCAUUAAGAUUGCUGAGACGCUGGCUAUGAACAGCAAGUUCCAAGCAAACCCAUUCCUACGCGAGAUUGCCCUGCUGGGUUACGGCACCCUGGUGGCUAAAAACUGUGCAGAGGACCCAGCUUGCCCAGACGAUCUUGUCAAGCCCAUCCAUGACCUCGCCAUCCAGGCUGUUUCUAAGUCUGAGUUUAAGGAGGUUACUCUUGCACUGAAAGUUCUGGGUAACGCUGGACACCCUGCUAGCAUCAAGACCAUCAUCAAGCUCCUGCCUAGCUUCGGCAGCGCUGCCGCCGCCAACUUGCCAGUCAAGAUUCAGCUUGAAGCUGUUCUGGCACUGAGGAACAUUGCAAAGAGAGAGCCCAAGAUGAUCCAGGAAAUAGCUGUUCAGGCCUUCAUGGACAGGACUCUCCACCCAGAGGUCCGAGUUGCUGCUGCUGCCGUGAUGUUUGAGACUAAGCUGCCCAUGGGUCUACUGGCCACUGUUGCUGAAGCUGUCAAGAAAGAAACUAAUAUGCAGGUUGCAAGCUUCGUCUACUCCACCAUAAAGGCCAUGACCAGGAACACUGCCCCUGACUUUGCUUCUGUUGCUGCAGCCUGCAACGUCGCUUUGAGGAUCUUAGGAGCCAAAUUUGCGAGACAGACCGCUGGCUUCAGUGGCGCUUUCCAUAUUAGCACCUACAACCACUACUGGCUGACGGGUGCAGCUGCCUCUGCCUUCUUUGUCAACAACGGUGCAUCCUUGAUGCCACGAACCAUAGUCGCCAAAGCUAGCGCCUAUUUCGCUGCAGCUCGCGCUGACGUUGCUGAGUUUGGACUGAGAACUGAUGGGAUCCAGGAAGCCCUCCUGAAAAUCCCAGCCGCUGCUGAAGAUGCUGACAGGAUCACCAAGAUGAAACAAGUCAUGAAGGCUAUUUACGAGUGGAGGGCUCAUCCAACAAGCCAACCCAUGGCCUCCGCAUAUGUGAAGCUCUUUGGGCAGGAAGUUGCCUUUGCUAACAUCGACAAAGCCAUUCUGGAUCAGAUUAUUGAGCUGUUCACCGGACCUGCAGUUCAUGCUUAUGGCAAAAAGGCUCUGGAUGCUCUGCUGGCUGGUUUCAAAUUCAAUUUUGCUAAACCCAUGCUGGUAGCUGAGACCCGUCGCGUCUUCCCCACUGUUGUCGGUCUGCCCAUGGAGCUGAGCUUUUACACUGCAGCAGUGGCUGCAGCAACCUUUGAAGCCAAGGCCACAGUGACACCACCUUUGGCUGGUAACUUCCAUCCUGCCCAGCUUCUGAAGGCUGACAUUAACCUGAGGGCUGCAAUUUCUCCAAGCGUGUCUAUGCACACAUAUGCUGUUAUGGGUGUGAAUACCGCUUUCAUCCAAGCUGCUGUUGUCGCAAGAGCCAGAGUUAAAACCAUCAUCCCUGCAAAAAUAGAAGCCAGGCUCGAUGUGAUGAAGGGCAGCUUCAAGUUCCAGUUCUUCCCCGUCCAGGGCGUCGAUAAGAUUGCAUCUGUAGCUUUUGAGACCUUUGCUGUUGCGAGAAAUGUGGAAGAGCUUGAUGCUGCCAAAGUCACACCAAUGAUUCCAGCUGGUGCUGCAGUUCAGGUGUCCAGGGCAUCUUUUGCUUCUAGAAUGGCAGCAGCUGAGGCUGCGGCUGGUGCCUUGUCAUCUGAAGUCGUCCCUGAUGACCUUCCAAGGAACAUCAUCAACAGAGUGAGAUCCAAGGCGUAUGCGAAGAAAAAGUGUGCCGCAUUCGAUACCUUUGGAAUCAAGGCUUGUGCCGAGAUUGAGUCUUACAACGCCGCCUUCAUCAGAGACUGCCCACUCUACUACAUAAUCGGAAAGCACACCGUUGCAGUUGAGAUUGCUCCAGUUUCUGGACCAGUCAUUGAGAAGAUUGAAGUUGAGAUUCAAGUCGGAGACAAAGCAGCAGAAAAGAUCGUCAGAAUCAUCAACAUCAGUGCCGAAGAUGAGCUCCUUGAGGACAAGACCGUCCUGAUGAAACUCAAGAAGAUCCUGGUUCCCGGCCUGAAGAACAGCACCAAUCUACAAAGCUCCAGCAGCUCCAGCAGGUCCAGCAGGUCCAGCAGCUCCAGCAGCUCCAGCAGGUCCAGCAGCUCCAGCUCUAGCAGCUCCAGCUCUAGCAGCUCCAGUUCUUCAUCUUCCUCAUCAUCUGGAUCUUCCUCCUCCUCUGCUCGCCGCAAGAGCAGGAUAGUCGCUGCUGCUGCUGCUCCCAACAGCAAGGCAAGGAAGUCACAGCGCUCCUCCAGCUCUUCUUCCAGCAGCUCCUCCAGCUCUUCUUCUAGCAGCUCCUCCAGCAACUCCUCCAGCAGCUCCUCCAGCAGGUCGAGCAGGAGCUCCUCUGCCCGUGCCAGCCGACGCACCUCCAGGUCCAGUUCGUCCAGCUCUGCCAGUGCCGCAAUCAGGAAUGAAGGGUAUGACAUGACCUUUACCAAGGGCCACAUCCACCAGCAUGGAUCCGCAGCCGGUGCCAGCAAGAGCAGCGCCUUCAGCUUCGAAAACAUGAUCAACAAAGCCAAGUACCUUGCCAACACUGUCGCUCCUGCUGCGGCCAUCAUCAUCCGUGUUGUGAGAGCUGACCACAAGGUCCAGGGAUACCAGAUUGCAGCUUACUACGACCAAGCCACUGCCAGAAUGCAGCUCAUUGUUGCAAGGCUGGCUGAGGCCGACAAGUGGAGAAUCUGUGCCGACGCAGCCAUGCUGAGCUACCACAAGCUGAUGGCCAGGAUUGCCUGGGGUGCUGAAUGCAAGCAGUACUCAACAGAGAUCACAGCUGAAACUGGAUCAGUGGGUGCAGAACCUGCAUUCCGUCUGAAAAUGACAUGGGACAAACUUCCAAAGAAGAUGAAGCACUACGCUAAGAUGAUUUACAAGUACAUUGCCCUUUUGGCCGACAACACCGGUGCAUCCCUGGCAAAGAUCAAGAAUGCUCGUAAUCAGAUCAGACUGACUGCUGCUGUUGUUGAUGCUGCAAAACUGGACCUUGUGCUGAAAACACCAAGGCGCACUGUGUACAAGCUUGGAUUGAAUCUCCCCGUCGCUCUCCCUUUGGGAAACACUGCUCAGGAGUUGGCUCCAUACGAGGAAAACUGGGCUGAGAAGCUCGUCCAUUUGUUUACUAAGGCUAAUGCAGCUGAGUGCUCCGUGCUCAACGACAAGGUGAGGACUUUUAACAACAGGAAAUUCAAGAACGACAUGCCUCACUCUUGCUACCAGAUUUUGGCUCAGGAUUGCACCCCAGAGCUCAAAUUCCUGGUUCUGCUGAAGAGGGAUCAUGCACAGGAACUUAACCAGAUCAAUGUGAAGAUUGCAAACAUCGACGCUGACCUGUAUCCAAGAGGCAAUAAGAUCAUGGUGAGAGUCAAUGGAGUAGAAAUCUCUGCUUCCAACCUCCCAUAUCAACAUCCCUCAGGCAAAAUCCAGAUCAGAAGGAGCGGUGAGGGUAUUGCUCUGCAUGCUCCAAGACAUGGUCUUCAGGAGGUCUACUUGGAUUUGAAUUCUCUGAAGGUUAAAGUUGCCGACUGGAUGAAAGAAAAGACGUGUGGCCUUUGUGGAAAGGCCGACGGUGAAACCAUGGAGGAGUACCGCACACCCAGCAAACGCCUGAGCACGAACGGAGUCAGCUACUCUCAUUCCUGGGUUCUCCCCGGAAAGAGCUGCCGUGACAACUCUGAAUGUUUUAUGAAGCUUGAAUCCGUAAAGCUGGAGAAACAGGUGACCCUCCAUGGCCAGGAGUCCAAAUGCUACUCUGUUGAGCCCGUCCUGCGCUGUCUGCCUGGAUGCAUGUCAGUGAGGACCUCCAGAGUCAACGUCGGCUUCCACUGCGUGCCUGCUGAUUCUAACUUGAGCCGCUCUGAGCGUCUGAGCAACAUCUAUGAGAAGAGCGUUGACUUGAUAGAAUCAGCAGAAGCUCACGUGGCCUGUCGCUGCACCGCUCAAUGUGCUUGAUCCCCUGCCUUCAGUGUUGUUAUGUUCCAUUAUCUGUUUCAUGCAAGUAUUCUUAAUUACUCUGUGUGAACUGUAAACUUUAAUAAAAUACACAAGCAUUUGAA